UGGUUGUGAUUGUCACAUGUCUUGGUGACUGGUGUUGUGGCGUUGAAACGAAGUGUGUAACUGUGUAUGUUGUGAAUUAAGUUCGUUAUAAUAUUGCAGCAAGAUGAGUUUGAGUCUGAUUCCUGAAGAGAGAAUACGAGCUAUUGGAUCAGUGUUGAACGACCAGGAAAGGCCGCUGAAAGAAAGAUUUAGAGCAUUAUUCACAUUGAAAAACAUAGGCGGACCUGUUGCUGUUGAAUGUAUUAAGCAAUGUUUUAAUGAUCCUUCGGCGUUACUGAAACAUGAACUGGCAUACUGCCUUGGGCAGAUGCAGGAUCCCAUCGCAAAUCCUAUUCUGAUAGAUAUUUUGAGAGACCGUAAUCAGGAGCCCAUGGUCAGACAUGAAGCAGCUGAAGCACUUGGAGCAAUAGGAUCAAUGGAAGUAUCUGACAUUCUAAGGAAGUAUGUUGAAGAUCCAGUUGUUGAAGUAGCUGAAACAUGCCAGUUAGCUUUAGCAAGGAUUGAGUGGUUUCAUAAAUCCAGGGAACCAGAUGAUCAGCAGAAGAGUCCAUAUGCUUCAGUGGACCCAGCUCCACCAUCAUCUGAAAAUGAUGUACCCCAUCUGAAGAACAUCUUGUUGGAUGAGAAUAGCAGUCUGUUUGAUAGGUACAGGGCUAUGUUUUCCUUAAGAAAUAUUAACACAGAGGAAAGCAUAUUGGCAUUAUGUGAAGGGCUAAAAGUCGGAGGUGCCCUAUUUCGUCACGAGAUUGCUUUUGUAUUAGGGCAAAUACAAAGUGCGGUAGCUGUUCCGUUUCUGGAGGCAUCCUUGAAAGAUGCUUCUGAAAAUGAAAUGGUGCGCCAUGAAUGUGCAGAAGCUCUGGGUGCUAUUGCAUCUCCAGAAUGCUUUGAAAUACUAAAGGAUUACCUGCAGGACCCAAAACGUGUUGUGAAGGAGAGCUGUGAGAUCGCCCUUGAUAUGUGUGAAUAUGAAACAAGUACUGAGUUCCAAUAUGCUGAUACAUUGCUGAAAGUCCAUUAAAUAUACAAUUGUCAUCAGCAAUGUAUUACAGAUCCAUCUAUGUAACUAUAUAUAUAUAUAUAUGUACCAAAUUACCUGUAUAUAUAUAAAGGUAAUGUGAUGGAACUAUUGUAACAUGUGUAACUAUGAAAAAGCUUGAAUAGUGUGAAAAUUUCUGUAAAAUUUUCCCAUUACCAAGUAAAUUUGUGUGACAAACCUCUCUCACUGGUCACAAAAAAUA